CUCUUUCGGUCUAUUGUUUUUGCCAUCUUCCGGCCGGCACCGUCUUUCAAAGCAUGCCAGCUUGACGCCUAUUACAAAGUCCUCCAGGGACUGCCCACUUCUUCUCCUGGCGGUCUCUCGUGCUAUUGUUUUUGAUCCUCCGGCCUGCCAGACCAAGAUGAAUUUCUUCUUUUCCAUGUCGUCAUGGACGCUGUCGCUCCUCCUGCUACUGAUCCCCAGGUCUACCACGGCGAAAUCGGCCGCGGACUACUAUGUACACUCGUUGCCCGGUGCCCCUGAAGAGCCACUUCUGAAGAUGCACGCUGGGUAAGUCCGUGAUCCUGCAUCCGGGUGCAGUAGUAACUGACACAUACAUGGCGCAGGCAUAUUGAAGUGGACUCGGGGCAUAACGGAAAUCUGUUCUUUUGGCAUUUCCAGAACCGUCACAUUGCCAACCGUCAACGGACUGUCAUCUGGCUAAAUGGAGGCCCAGGAUGUAGUUCUAUGGAUGGGGCGCUGAUGGAAGUCGGACCUUACAGGCUGAAGGAUAAUCACACACUCGUGUAUAAUGAAGGCUCCUGGGAUGAGUUCGCCAAUCUGCUCUUCGUUGAUCAGCCUGCCGGUACAGGCUUCAGUUACGUCAAUACGGACAGCUACCUUCACGAGUUGAACGAAAUGUCCGCGCAAUUUGUUAUCUUUCUAGAAAGGUGGUUUGAAGUAUUUCCGGAGUACGAGAAAGAUGACAUAUACAUUGCGGGCGAGUCGUACGCCGGUCAGCAUAUACCCUAUAUUGCUAAAGCCAUUCAGGAGCGCAACCAGGGUGUUCGUGAAGGCGGAAAACCGCGAUGGAACGUUCGGGGUCUUCUAAUCGGCAAUGGUUGGAUCUCGCCUGCUGAACAAUACGAGUCCUAUUUGCCCUUUGCUUACAAGGAAGGACUCGUUAGGGAGAAUAGUCAAAAUGCAAAGAAUAUCGAGAUGACACAGUCGGUCUGCUUUACCUUGUUGGGUACCCCAGGUGCGAAGGACAAGGUGGACCUUAAGGAGUGUGAGGACAUUCUUCGUGAUAUUCUGAAAUACACAAGGAAUUCGGACGAAGAAUGCUAUAACAUGUACGAUGUUCGUCUUCACGAUGAGUAUCCGUCCUGUGGAAUGAACUGGCCCAUGGACCUAGUGGACCUGAAACCCUAUCUCCGUCGUCCGGAUGUGGUUGAAGCCUUACACAUAGACCCGGACAAAAAGACCGGCUGGGAAGAGUGCUCGGGAGCUGUCAGUAGCGCAUUCACAGCGGAAAACUCGGUGCCGUCCGUUCAAUUACUCCCAGAUUUACUUGAAUCCGGGUUACCGAUUCUUCUUUUCAGUGGAGAUAAGGACCUCAUUUGCAACCAUAUUGGUACAGAGAAACUGAUCCACAAUAUGAAAUGGAGUGGUGGAACUGGCUUUGAAACUUCUCCUGGCGUUUGGGCUCCCCGGCAUGAUUGGACCUUUGAGGGUGAGCCAGCCGGUAUUUACCAAUCUGCGAGGAACCUCACAUAUGUUCUCUUGUACAAUGCUAGCCACAUGGUGCCUUACGACUUGCCCCGCCAAAGCCGGGACAUGCUCGAUCGCUUCAUGAAGGUUGAUAUAACCAACAUUGGUGGGACGCCUGCUGAUUCACGCAUUGAUGGCGAGAAAGUGCCUCAGACAGCCGUAGGCGGGCAUCCCAAUAGCACAGCCGCGGAGGAGCAAGAGAAGGAGAAGAUGAACGAGGCUAAAUGGCAGGCGUACGCCAAGUCUGGCGAGGCCGUACUUGUCGUCGUGAUCAUCGGUGUAUCCGUCUGGGGAUUCUUCAUAUGGCGCAGUCGCAGACGUCAUCGCGCUUAUGGACUCUCUAAUGGCUCCGUUUUGGACCGUUUCUACGGCAAACGCUCUGGAACUUCGGACGUCGAGGCUGCAGAUUUCGAUGAAUCUGAACUCGAGCGGCUGAACUCCAUAGACGGCAACCAUGAACGUGAACACUUCGCAGUGGGCAUUGACAGCGACGAAGAACAAGAUCAUCGUCAUACUCCAAUGACAAGUCCCGAACAAGAGGAACAGUUGGUACCGGGAUCCGGUGAAGAACGUCGCUCAUGAGAGUCUUCCUUUCUUCUUUUCAUUGACAUAUAGAAUGGAUUUUUAGUUUGGUCUUCCGCCUCUGUAUAUAAGACUUGUUGAGUCAAAUGGAUUACGUUUCACCGCGUCUGUUUCAAUUGUAACUUUUCCUCUAUCUAUCCGGAAGAUAUUUCAUUGCAUUUGCAUUUGCAGCUUUCCUGGCCAAAUACUCGACAAUAUGCCACCUAAAAGAUGCAUUACGAUACCAGGUAUCACCAGAAAUGGUUUUACCUUGCAUGGCCAAUACCCCAAACUUUGACGCUUCCAUCGUCGCCUGUCGUGACUAGAACCUCCUCCUCUUUAUCUUGCCGUCGACCGCGAUCAGCACGCUUCGCCCACGCGACGUGGUUAAUUUCAUAAACACCAUGCGCACCUUGCAGGGAAGCAAUGAUUGACCAUUUAGUCCGCUGUGCGGGAGAGUCCAUUUCCAUAGCUUCUGCUUCUACCCCGGCUUCUUCGUCUUCUUGCGUUGCUUCUUCCUGAUCAUUCCUAGAAGAGAUAGUGGUUGUAGGCAUAAAUUGUUCUUCAUAUACAACAAUCCUCCCGUCUGCACCGACAGAGGCGACGAGACCGGUUCGCUUGCUCCAUGCAACAGUGUAGAUGGAAAGAUCAUGUACUCGAGGUAAAAUGGCUUCCUCCUCCCAAGACUCUUCUAUCCCAGUAGGACGAAUGAUGCUUGGCAUGUUGGAAGUGUUGUAGCGCUGUUGAUCCUUUGGUUGUCGUCUCCAAACGCGAAUUGUGCGGUCGUCGGAACUCGAGAUGAGUCGAGGUCCCGAGACGGCAUUCUGUUCUUUCCAUCGAGAAACAGCCGGAGAAGUGCUUCCGUUGGAUAGUCCAGGUAAUGAAGAGGAUGGAACAUUAUCCACGGCUUCCCAGUCGACAGACCACACCGUUCCCUCAUGUCCUUUAAUACAAGCUACUUGGGUCCAAUCGUCGAUAUCCUCUCUCCAUAGUCGUAUUGUGUCAUCGUAGCUGCCGCUUGCCAAGCACUCCUCGACCGGAUGCCAUGCUACGCAUUUGACAUCGCCUCCAUGCUCCUGCAUAACGGCCACGGUCUCGAAGUUGUUAUCUCCAUCAUCAAGGUCCUCCCAGAUCCAUAUCGACUUGUCCCGGGAGCAGGUAGCUAGUAACAUGCCCGACGGCGACCACGACACUGAUUUUACUUCGCUGUCAUGUCCAUCUAGCAGGACUGCAAACCGCCAUUCUUCCUCGUCGUCGUCCCUGUCAUAACCUCUGUCUGGGAGAGAGGAAUCCGCAUCCCUGACCUCGUUUGCAGAUCCGUCGAUAUCCCAUGUACCAUCCGCGGAGUCGCCGCUUCCAUAAUUAUCCCAUCGUCUCCAGAUACCUACUGUCGCGUCGAAGCUACCCGUGGCAAGAACACUCUCACCUUGUACAUGUGGUUUCCAGGCACAUGUUCUCACACUGCGUUUGUGGCCCCCGGAAACAGUCGAGAGAAGCCUGAAGUUGGUCAACGAAUAUAUCCGGACAGUUUUGUCAGAGCUGCAUGCCGCGACGAUUGGGAUUCUUGGGUGUGGUGCUGUUAACCAUGUCCGUUCGAUGGAAGGGGGUGUCAAGUCUGAUAGGAAAAAUAUGCCGGCCGUCUUUGCCGCCAUCAUGAGUAGUAUAAGUCGCCUAUCCCUUUUAUUUCUUUGAUAUCUCUGUCUUUUCCUCCCUUCUCUCCUUUUUUUUUU